CGACCGAGCGGGCGGGGGGCGCCCGCGGGCCGCCGGCGAUGGCGAACCAGCUGGUGAUCCUGAACGUCUACGACAUGUAUUGGAUGAAUGAAUAUACUUCUUCCCUUGGAAUUGGAGUGUUCCAUUCAGGUAUAGAGGUGUAUGGCCGAGAAUUUGCCUAUGGUGGUCAUCCAUACCCUUUUUCUGGAAUAUUUGAGAUUUCACCAGGAAAUGCUUCUGAGCUAGGAGAAACAUUUAAAUUUAAAGAGGCUGUGGUUCUAGGCAGUACUGACUUUAUGGAAGAUGAUAUAGAAAAAAUAGUAGAAGAGCUUGGAAAGGAAUUCAAAGGAAAUGCUUAUCACCUAAUGCACAAAAACUGCAAUCACUUUUCUUCAGCUUUAUCUGAGAUUCUCUGUGGAAAAGAGAUUCCACGAUGGGUGAAUCGCCUUGCCUACUUCAGCUCUUGUAUUCCCUUCCUCCAGAGCUGCCUGCCAAAGGAGUGGCUGACUCCUGCAGCCCUCCAGUCCAGUGUUAGCCAGGAGCUACACGAUGAGCUGGAGGAAGCUGAGGAUGCAGCAGCAUCAGCUUCCUUGGCAAGCUCAGCAUCUGGGUCUAGAACUGGACGCCACACCAAAUUAUAAGUCCUCCUCCAAAGUAGCAAAUACUUCCGAAAUACUUUUGAAAUACUUCAGUUUGAUCUCUGCAGCAAUUGACUUCCUGACAGAACAUGAGAGCCAGCUCUAGAACAUUGUUUUUAUAUGCAAAAAUAAAGCUCUCAUCAACCCCUG